GUUUAUUCCAUCCUCACUCCAGCCCCGCAUCAUUACGUCUUGUUCGCUACCAUUAGUUCGGCCAUUUUCCGCACGCAUAAACUCCUGAAUCGAUAUGGAUCUACUCCAGCUUGCUUGCAUUUGUGUUCUCGACCUCUGCGCCCUAUACCACCGCUACACCGACGGACACUGGUCGAGACCGGCACUCUCCUGUGUGGCGUUCACGCAUGUCGGUCUAUUGAUCCAUGUCUUGCUGGAGACGCUGAAACAACAUAUGAGGUGAUGACUUCACCAAUUCACCAUCAAAAGCCAUCUCACUGUGAGGGCCGGGCUCGAGAUCUGGGAGUACUUGGCCGGGGUCAUCCAGGCCAAGUCCGACGCCAAUUCCUCCACUUUGACCUAUGGGGCGGAUGUAGGUCGGUCGAAGGUACUGGGGUAUGCGUCCAAGGCGACCUGUCAACCACGGCGAAAGGUGCGUGACGAUGCUGCAUGACUGUGGCACCGCUGUUGGAUGCUGUGAGUUUUGACAUGUAGGCACAUGGCACGUUCAUCUGCGCGGGAGUGCGGAAGCAAGUGUUUAUCCUCUGCAUUCGGUGAAUUGUUGUGUUUGAUAGACUGUGG